AUUACUGUUAUUGUUUGUUUCAAAGAUCCAAACUCUCUCUCUCUUAACCCUAAAACCCUGGCCACUCUCUAGAUUUACUCCAUUAAUGAUAAUUUAAUUAAAGAUUAAUUAAUUAAAACAGACACCCCCUUCCUUAAUUAAUCUGCAAAACAGAUUGGCUACUCUUUUUGGAAUGGGUUUGUUUAUAAAUUUCUGUAUUGAAGGUGAACCAGCUCCCAGAUUCAAGGAGUUAAAGCUAUGGACCUUGAAUGGUUAGCUGGAUUAAUGUCCACCAGUGAAGACUAUUCUCUUUGUUUGGCACUUGUGUACUGUUUUUUUUCUUCCCAUAAAGGUUGAUUCUCGUAGAUGACACGGGGUGGGAUUCGAGCAAGGCUCAGGCCGAGUAAUCUCUAUACAUUCACUUGUCUUAGGCCUAGAUCUACUGAAGAGGGGGCGCAUUCUUUUGAAGGGCCUGGGUACACGAGACUUGUGCACUGCAACCAACCUCUUUUGCACAAGAAAAAACCUUUUAAAUAUCGUUCGAAUUACGUAUCCACGACCAAGUAUAAUGUUUUAACUUUCUUACCAAAAGCUUUGUAUGAACAAUUCCACCGAGUUGCCAAUUUGUAUUUCCUUGGAGCAGCAAUUGUUUCACUUUCACCCCUUUCGCCAUUUUCUGCUGUGAGCAUGAUUGCUCCCUUGGUCUUUGUUGUAGGGCUUAGCAUGGCAAAGGAAGCUUUAGAGGAUUGGCGGAGGUUUAUGCAAGAUAUAAAAGUUAAUAAUCGGAAGGUAAAAUUUCAUAAGGGGGAAGGUGUUUUCGGUAAUAAGUCAUGGAAGAAGCUUCGGGUUGGAGAUGUGGUGAAAGUGAAGAAGGAUCAGUUUUUUCCGGCAGAUUUGCUGCUUCUGUCAUCAAGUUACGAAGACGGAAUUUGCUAUGUUGAGACUAUGAAUUUAGAUGGUGAGACAAACUUGAAGGUAAAGAGAGCUUUGGAGGUUACAUUGCCUUUGAAUGAGGAUGUGGCUUUCAAGAACUUCACAGGAACAGUUAAAUGUGAAGAUCCAAACCCUAGCCUUUACACCUUUAUCGGUAAUUUUGAAUAUGAUGAUGAAGUUUAUGCCCUGGACCCUAGCCAAAUUCUUCUUAGAGACUCGAAGCUGCGUAAUACAGCUUUUGUCUAUGGGAUCGUGAUUUUCACUGGUCAUGAUAGCAAAGUCAUGCAGAACGCUACAAAGACCCCUUCAAAAAGGAGCAAAAUAGAAAGGAAAAUGGAUUAUAUAAUAUACGUUCUUUUCAGCAUCCUCCUGGUGAUCUCAUUUAUCAGCUCUAUUGGUUUUGCAGUGAAAACAAAGUUUCAGAUGCCACGCUGGUGGUAUCUGCAACCUAAGAAGACGGAUGAUUAUUAUAAUCCUUCAAAGCCUGUAUUACCAGGGAUCGCCCAUCUUAUAACUGCCCUCAUGCUUUAUGGGUAUUUAAUACCUAUUUCGCUUUAUGUUUCAAUUGAGGUGGUGAAGGUUUUGCAAGCAACUUUUAUUAAUAAGGACAGACAAAUGUAUGAUGAAGAAACCGGGAAUCCUGCUCAAGCACGGACAUCAAAUUUAAAUGAGGAGUUGGGCCAGGUAGAUACGAUCCUUUCAGAUAAAACAGGCACUUUGACAUGCAAUCAAAUGGAUUUUCUCAAAUGUUCCAUUGCCGGUACUGCAUAUGGUGUGCGCCCUAGUGAAGUUGAGCUUGCUGCUGCACAGCAGAUGGCGACUGACCUUGAGGAUCAAGAGGUAGAAAGAUCAACCGGUUUCAGGGAAAUCAGCAAACAACAAGAAAUUGAGCUUGAAAGUGUUGUUAUUUCCAAUGAUGAAAUGGCUCUUAAACCUCCCAUAAAAGGGUUUAGCUUUGAGGACAGCCGCCUAAUGGAUGGGAACUGGUUGAACGAGCCUAAUGCAGAUGUGAUCAUGUUAUUUUUUCGAAUAUUAGCAAUUUGUCACACUGCUAUACCUGAGCUGAAUGAAGAAACCGGCAGUUAUACGUAUGAAUCAGAGUCACCUGAUGAAGGAGCCUUUCUUGUUGCAGCCAGAGAAUUUGGUUUUGAGUUUUUUAAAAGAACUCAGUCAAGUGUGUUUGUCCGUGAAAGAUAUUCAGCUUCAGGGCAAGCAAUUGACAGGGAGUUCAAACUUCUAAAUAUGUUGGAAUUUACUAGCAAAAGAAAGCGAAUGACAGUAAUUGUAAGGGAUGAAGAGGGGCAGAUCCUUCUUCUGUGUAAAGGUGCCGACAGUAUUAUUUUUGACAGGCUAUCAAAGAACGGAAGAUUGUAUGAGGAAGAUACCACUAGGCAUUUGAAUGAGUAUGGAGAAGGUGGAUUGCGAACGUUGGCACUGGCUUAUAAAAGGCUUGGGGAGUCUGAGUACUCUGCUUGGAAUGAUGAAUUUCAGAAAGCAAGAACUUCAAUUGGGGCAGAUAGAGAUGCAAUGCUUGAAAAUGUCGCAGAGAUGAUGGAGAGGGAUUUGAUUCUUGUUGGCGCUACUGCCGUGGAAGACAAAUUGCAAAAGGGGGUACCCCAUUGUAUAGAUAGACUUGCACAGGCUGGUCUGAAGAUCUGGGUUUUGACAGGGGACAAGGUGGAAACUGCCAUAAAUAUAGGAUAUGCUUGCAGUCUGCUUAGGCAAGGCAUGAAGCAGAUCUGUAUUACAGCCAAUAGUUCGGAUGACAGAGAGGUAGUUAAGGAGAACAUACUGUUGCAAAUUACCAAUGCUUCACAAAUGAUUAAACAUGAAAAAGAUCCACAUGCUGCAUUUGCAUUGAUCAUUGAUGGAAAGACUCUUGCAUAUGCCUUGGAAGAUGAUAUGAAACAGCACUUCUUAGUCUUAGCUGUUCAGUGUGCAUCUGUUGUAUGCUGUCGUGUGUCUCCCAAGCAGAAGGCACUAGUAACAAGAUUAGUAAAAGAAGGAACUGGGAAAACCACCUUAGCUAUUGGUGAUGGUGCAAAUGAUGUUGGAAUGAUUAAAGAAGCUGACAUUGGAGUUGGUAUCAGCGGCGUGGAAGGUAUGCAGGCUGUAAUGGCCAGUGACUUCUCCAUUGCCCAAUUCCGUUUCUUGGAAAGGCUUCUUGUUGUCCAUGGACACUGGUGUUAUAAGAGGAUUGCACAGAUGGUUUGCUAUUUCUUCUACAAGAACAUAGCAUUUGGCCUCACCCUCUUCUACUUUGAGGCAUUCGCAGGAUUUUCUGGACAAUCAGUUUACGAUGACUGGUACAUGUUAUUGUUCAAUGUUGUUCUUACAUCAUUGCCUGUAAUCUCGCUAGGAGUUUUUGAACAAGAUGUUUCUUCCGAGGUCUGCUUACAGUUUCCUGCAUUAUAUCAGCAAGGACCUAAAAAUUUGUUUUUCAACUGGUAUAAGAUACUCGGGUGGAUGGGCAAUGGUCUAUAUUCCUCUCUCAUUAUUUUCUUCCUUAAUAUUAUCAUCUUCUACGAUCAAGCUUUUCGUGCCGGAGGACAGACCGCUGAUAUGGCUGCCUUGGGAACAACAAUGUUCACUUGCAUCAUUUGGGCGCUCAAUUGCCAGAUUGCAUUCUCGAUGAGCCACUUCACAUGGAUCCAACACCUCUUCAUAUGGGGCAGCAUCGCCAUGUGGUAUCUGUUUCUCUUUGUUUACGGCAUGCUAUCACCCACUAUUUCUGGUAACGCCUACCAACUUCUAGUGGAAGCUCUCGCUCCGGCACCCAUCUAUUGGACGGCCACCCUCUUAGUAACCGUCGCUUGUAAUCUCCCAUACUUGGCCCAUAUAUCUUACCAAAGGUGUUUCCACCCACUGGAUCAUCAUAUCAUCCAAGAGAUAAAGUAUUACAAGAAAGACGUCGAGGAUCAACGCAUGUGGACUAGGGAGCGAUCAAAGGCGAGGCAAAAGACCAUGAUUGGGUUCACAGCAAGGGUAGAUGCAAAGAUCAGGCAGUUAAAAGUGAAGUUGCAAAGAAAGCAACCGUCUUCCGAACUUCAGAGUCCGGCCCGUUAAUCCCGUUCAUCAUAGCAAUGUUCACUCAAUCUAGUUUCUUUUUGAAGUUUAGGGUUCUUUCUUUUCCUGCCAGGUGCUGUAUCACAUCGAGGCCUCGUUUCAAUUAUCAGUUAAUUAUUCAUUAGUUGAUCACACAAAUGUAAGAGCUGUGGCCUGUGAAAAAGCAGUUGGAAGAUAUGUUUCAUCGUUGUGUAGGACUUGCCUUAUAUUUGGCU